AUGUGUGCAGCGGCUUCACAUGCUCUUGUAGCGACAUCUGGUAAACUAACAGGUUGCUGGUUUUCAAACCUUCUGGUUCAAGGUUUGUGUAUAUCAGACUACAAACAAAUGGAUGUAUUACAAUCCCUUACAAAUUUCAGCGGAAAGCUUUAUGGGGAAAUGUUGGAAGAAAACCAGAGUCAUUUUGAGAAUACUUUUCUCUCUCCUUUUAAUAUAUAUACUGCCCUGGGAAUGAUCCUUUCCGGCAGUGAAAUGAAUACAAAAACGGAGAUAAUGAAAAUGAUGCACUUAUCUACUUGUUUGGAACAUCAUACAAUUCACCAUGGAAUCAGUGGACUUCUGUUUAACUGUGCAGAACGUGGUGAAGGUGUUGAGAUAAUGUUUGGGAAUGGAUUGUUUACAGCAGAAGAUGUGGAUGUUAAAAAAGAUUACGAAAAUACUCUUAAGAGUUAUUACAACGCACAAACAGAAUCUAUGACAUUUCAGACGGAUCCGGAAGGUGCUGGAAAACGAAUAAACCACUGGGUUGGUGAACUGACCAAAGGGAAAAUUCGUGAACUUUUUUCGCCUGGAUCGCUGUCAACCGACACAUCAGUUUUAGUAAUUACCACUACAUACUUUGAAGGUCUGUGGAAUCUACCCUUUCUUCAAGGAAGUUCACACGAAAGCGAUUUCUUUAAACUUGACGGAUCAACGAUGAACGUAAAGUUAAUGUAUAUGAAUUCCUCAUUUGAAACCGUCAGUUUACCACAUUUGAAAUCACGUGCUAUUAAGAUACCAUUUAAAGAUCCUAGAUUCUCAUUAUUGGUCAUUCUUCCAAACGCAAAUGAUGGAUUAUCUGAGUUACUAGAUGCGUUACAUAGAGAUGAUGAAUUUUCAUCAAUUCUUUCUUCUAACUUUACGGAUACCAGUAUACAUUUGUACUUACCAAAGUUCAAACUGAAGGAAGGCAGUGCUAUAAGCCUUGUAGGUUAUCUACAGAAAAUGGGAAUGAGAGAGGCUUUUUGUCCAGGAUCAGCUAACUUUACAAACAUGUCUGAAUCAAGUAAUUUAUGUAUACGAGAUAUACUCCAUAAGGCUAUUCUUGAAGUGGAUGAGCAAGGUGUGGUGGCAGCCGCAGCAUCUUCUGCAGAAGUUGUUCAACUUGCUGCGCCUUUACCUGAAUUCGCUGAUGAGGAAUUUCGUGUUGAUCAUCCAUUCUUCAUUUCAAUUAUUUGGAAUAAUUCUUUGCCAAUAUUUCUCGGACAUGUUACAAGUCCAGAGAAUUGAUAAUAGUCAUGAUAUAUUCAUCAACCUAACAUACUUUUCCUUUAAAAACAAUGUUUACAUACAUUCUGAUUUUUAUUCAAUUAUGUAUUCUGGAUCUUUGUACUUUUAAUAUAGAACAGUUCUGAUGUGAUGUUGCUUAUUACUUCAUGGAAGUGAUGGUUUUAAUGAAACCUUUGAAUGUUUUUUUUCUAUUAACUUGAGUUUUAUUUUCACUUCAAAUAUAACCGUCCAUUUGUUA